ACUUGCAAAUAACUUAAGCACCCAACACUCGAGUCCACGACGUCCAUGCCAUGGCACCAUCGUCCACUUCCUUAGUGUUUACUGUCCGAAAAUGUGAACCGGAACUUGUUGGUCCGGCCAAGCCCACCCCUAAUGAGUGCAAAUGGUUAUCAGACAUUGAUGACCAACAGAGUUUCCGAUUCCAAAUUCCGGCGAUCCAAUUUUAUAGGUACAAUCCUUGCAUGCAAGGGAAGGAUCCUGCUAUGAUUGUAAGGGAGGCACUUGCACAAGCUCUAGUUUUUUAUUAUCCAUUGGCUGGUAGGCUAAGGGAAGGGCCUAACCGCAAGCUUAUGGUGGAUUGCACUGGGGAGGGUGCCUUGUUUGUCGAGGCUGAUGCUGAUGUUACCCUUGAGCAAUUUGGCGAUGCCCUUCAACCACCAUUCCCUUGCUUACAUGAGCUCCUUUAUGAUACCCCAAGCUCCGAAGGGAUGCUAAAUUCUCCGUUGUUAUUCAUUCAGGUAACACGGUUGAGAUGUGGUGGUUUCAUCUUCGCCAUCAGCCUUAGCCACGUAAUGAGCGAUGCUAGUGGCAUGAUACAAUUCAUGUUCGCUAUGGCCGAGAUAGCGCAUGGAGCUGCCCCUUCAAUCCCACCCGUGUGGGCGAGGCACCUUUUAGAUGCUCGAGAUCCACCACGAGCCGCAUUCACGCACCGCGAGUACGACCAAGUUGAAGCAGGCUCCAUCACACCAUCGGAAAACACGGUUCAGCGUUCCUUUUUCUUUGGUCCCAACGAAGUUUCAACUCUUCGCAGGCUCCUACCCGAACACCUUCGUAAGUGUUCGAGAUUCGAACUCUUAGCAGCUUGCUUAUGGCGUUGUCGAACCAUUGCUAUAAAACCUGAUCCUGAAGAAGAGGUGCGCAUGCUAUCUAUGGUUAAUGUACAUCGCAAGUUCAAUCCUCCAUUACCGUCAGGAUAUUAUGGUAAUGCUGUCGCCUUUCCAGCCGCAACAACAACAGCUAAAAAACUUUUCCAGAACCCGUUAGAGUAUGCUGUAAAACUGGUGAAACAAGCCAAGGAGAGCGUGACCGAAGAGUAUGUGAAAUCAGUGGCGGCUUUAAUGAGGAUUAAGGGUCGACCCCAUUAUCCAACGGCGAGGUCUUGUGUAAUAUCGGAUUUAACACGUGCUGGAUUUAGAGAAGUUGAUUUUGGGUGGGGUAAAGCAGUGUAUGGAGGGCCUGCAAAAGCUGGGGUGGGUGCUACUGUACAUGCGCCGUCAAGCUUCUUAAUUGCAGUCAAGAAUAAGAAAGGAGAGGCUGGAAUCGCGAUGCCAAUUUGUUUGCCAGUCCCGGCGAUGGAAAGAUUUGCCAAGGAAUUGGAUAGCAUGUUGAAGGAGCAGCUACUUGAGGUUGAGAGUAAAUCAGUUUUUAUUUCAUCUGCUUUGUAAAAUUAUAGAAAAAAUGGGUAAUUUAGAAAAGAGGAAUAAAUUGAACCUGAAGGCAUAAAAUGUGUGAUGUGGUGCUGUAUUUCUCCACAGAGGUAGACAACUGCUGAACUGAAAAGUGUAGUCUUUGUUAACUUUCAAUGCAAAAAUAUUUAUUUUCUCCUUUA